UAUAUGGAACGACUCUCAUUUUCGAGGUCCCAUGCACGACAGUCACUGGUUGCGUGCAUGUAUUUUUCACGUGGGACCAAAAUUGGAGUAGUACUUAUGAGACCAUUUCCUCUCUGCUCUGGUGCUCAUAAUGCAAUCACUCUCCCCUGCUUUUGGGUUCAAUUUUCUUCUCCAAUGGAGUCAAACGGCUCGCUAGAGAUACUGGACGUUUGCAAAGUUGCUCCCUUUAGCGAUUCGUCUGAGCCACUCUCCGAGUUAAGUCUCCCGCUAACCUUUUUCGAUACACUUUGGUUUAGAUUCUCCCCUGUUGAGCGAGUCUUCUUCUACCCACUCACCGACUCAUCCGAUCCAACUUCUUUCAACUCGGUUAUUCUCCCCAAACUCAAACGCUCACUCUCCCUCACUCUCCGCCGCUUCCUUCCUCUCGCUGGCAACCUCACCUGGCCCUCACAUGCCGCCCACCCGUUCAUCCUCUACACCCCAAAUGACACCGUUUCUCUCACCGUCGCCGAGUCUGAAUCGAACUUUGACCGCCUAUCCGGUAACAAACCGCGCAAGGCUACUGAAUCGCAUCCGCUCGUGCCGAAGUUGUCAAUAUCUGACGAGACGGCGACAAUUCUGGCGGUGCAGGUAACUCUGUUUCCACGCCAAGGGUUUUCCAUUGGGAUCUCCACACACCAUUCGAUUCUUGAUGGGAAAAGCACCACCAUGUUUAUCAGAGCUUGGGCUCAUGUCUGCAAAAACGGCGACUCUUCCUCAUUACCGGCCGAUCUUACACCCGUUUUGGACCGAACCCUUAUUCAGGACCCAGAUGGCCUUCAGAUGAAGUUCCUAGUCGAAUGGGCAAAACUCCUCCGAGACCCAAAUCCACGAAACUUGAAGGUAAUGCCACAAAUCAGUUCUCCAGAGAGCUUGAUUUGGUCCACAUUUGAGUUGACCGGUGAAGAUAUCAAGAAACUGAGAGAGAGAAUAUCGUCUCAACUAAGUGAGGAAGAAGAACCCAAAUCACUCCAUUUAUCUACAUUUGUUCUUGUUUGUGCUUAUACAUUGUCUCUCAUGGCCGAAGCCAAGAACUUUGAGCAGAAGAAGAAGGUUUUUUUUGGUUUCAUGGCCGAUGUUAGGACCCGUUUGGAGCCACCGGUUCCGGUGAACUAUUUUGGUAAUUGCGUUGCAAGUUUUAGUACAAGUUUUGAGGCAAAAGACAUGGUGGGAGAGGACGGCGUCGUUUUAAUUGCCAAGAGAAUUAGCGAGGUGAUUAAGGGAAUGGAGAGAGGAGUUCUUGAAGAAACAAAGGGAGCGCUUGAAAAAUUUUCGGCUAUUGAACCGGGAACACCAACUGUUGGAGUUGCUGGGUCACCCCGGUUCGAGGUUUACGAAGCGGACUUCGGGUGGGGCAGGCCGAAGAAAGUAGAGAUCACGUCUGUGCAUAAGACUGGGGCCUUUUCAUUGGCGGAGAGCCGUGACGGAAGUGGAGGAGUUGAGGUUGGUUUGGCUUUAAGGAAGCAAGGAAUGGAGGUUUUUGCAGCUUCCUUUGCAGAUGGGCUGAGACAUUGAGAUCAAGCAGUAAAAGGGUGUAACUAUGAAACUUUCUACUAUAUUGAUCCUCAUGAAUAAUGGGUAAUAUGUCCGAGUCUAACAAUUAGGAGCGAUUAUUUCCUUUUUGAAGGUCGUAGGUUGGAUUUCUAACGAGCAUAUACAUAUGAUUAUUAUGUGCUUAAAUUUCA